AUGGCGCCAAAGACACCCGACAGGCGCAACAAGGCGCGUCCUUCGCGCGGAGGAAGAGCAAGCACAGGAUCGCGUGGUGGUGGUGGUGGUGCUGUUGGCGCUGGCGGGCGCAGAGAGUCGGGGAAGAGACCCGUGGUGCGCGCACAUGUGCUGACUUGCAUCACAGUUGGCCAAGCAGGGCCUGCACCUGAUCGUGCGAAGAAGCGCUACAAGCCAGGCACCGUCGCAUUGCGCGAAAUCCGCCGCUACCAAAAGUCAACCGACCUCCUCCUCCUCAGGACGCCUUUCCAGCGACUUGUCCGUGAAAUCGCCCAAACCGUCACCACCGAGACCGGUCCCACGAGAUGGCAAAGCCAGGCUAUCCAGGCACUGCAGGAGGCCACUGAGGCCUUCCUCGUCAACCUCUUCCACGAUGCGAAUCUGUGCGCCAUCCACGCCAAGCGCGUCACCAUCCAGCAAAAGGACAUACAACUCGCCCGCCGGUUACGCGCCGCCUGGGGAGCUCCGGUUUGA